UACCUGUUGUCAAAUAUACUUUCAAGCAGUCCAAAUUCAAAAUUUUUUUUAAAUAAAAUUUUCUUUUUUUUUUUCAAUGUCAACGCCUAUGUCAAAAUUCCGUAACUUUUUCCGGAUUCGCCGGCGGCGCCCUUCUUCGAAAAAGAGGGAGCCACCUAAGGAGGAUAAUAAGACUGAACCCGUCGAACAAGAAUCUGAGACCCUAAAGAUUAAUCCAGUUGAUCCGGAGGUAAUACCAACUCCGCUAGAGGAAGGCCAGAAGGCGAGCUAUUUCCAUGUGGGCGGCUGUGCCAAGGAGUGUCUCCUGCAGGGAUUCAAGCUUGGUGUUUGGCAGCUCAUUUGCACCUCCAUUACAAACAAUGAUUACCAUCUGAGCACCUUUGGCGAAGCCUAUCCGGAGGCAAGGGACGUCUUUGGGGGAGUUGAGGUGUUCAAGGAGAUCGGCAACUUCACUUUGGCCCAGAGUUGGUUGACACCCCGUGAAUUUCUGACGGAGCUUACGUUGAAUUCCGGUUCCUCCUAUGGCGCCAUCCAGACGUCAAUACUCACGAAGGACGAAGUCACAUUCAAAGGCAAGCUAAAGUGCGGCUUUGAACUAAGUCCAUUAAAAGUGGAACUGGUGGUGCCCUUUUAUAAAGAGCCACAUGUCAUGGGUUACGUGGUAGCGGCGCCUGUGGAAAACUGUCUGGUUGGCUAUCGCACAGUGUACAAUCUCGAGGAGAGGGCCUUCGACAUGCACGCCCUCUGCCUGGGCUAUUACAAUGGCAACACGGAGGUCGGACUCAAACUGGAGAAUUUUAAAAACUUGCGAGGCUCGAUUUUUCAACGGAUCAGCGAGAGCUGGGCCUUGGCCUUAAAAGCUAACCUGUACAGUUCGGAAAAUCUCAAGCAAGUAUCAGUCGGUGGACAGUACGACUUUGGGAAUGGAACGCUGCUAAAGGUCAGGCUUAGAGAAGACUCGAGGAUUGGGGUUGUCUAUCAAGGGAAAGUAAGCGAAAACCUUCAUGUUAUGUAUCAUGUGGGUUUCGAUUUGGCGGAUCCGAUCGGUGGAGCUCACAAGAUGGGCGCUUCUUUGGAAUUUCAAUGCUAGACCACCGAUAACUUUGUGUCAUUUUGUAAUGUUGUGCUCCAGGUUGGAUACAUGUAAAAGUCACGUUGAAGUGCAAUAUUAUAUGGGAGAGCACAAUAGCUUAAUUGCGGAAUCCAGUUGCCAGUACAAUUUCAACAAAACUGAUGACAAUAAAUAAAUUUUGUUGUGUUUCACAAAA